GCUACAAACAGAAAGAAGAAAGCAGACUGAAAUUGGCUAAACUUCUGCUCUGUGGCACUGAACUGGUAACAAAUAUCCGGGUGGCGACAGAUAUCCGAGAGAUCCACAGGAGAGUAGAAGAAGAGGAGAUAAAGCGUCAGAGUCUAACAUGCCCCCCAAGUCUGAUGUUUUGAGUCAAGAUGAGCUGCGUAAAAGGCUGUACCAGACAUUUAAGGAUCGGGGUAUACUGGACACACUCAAGACCCAACUCAGAAACCAGCUGAUUCAUCAGUUGAUGCACCCUGUUUUGAGUGGAAAACUGCAGCCUCAGUCCAUUCCAGUGGAAAGGAGUGGCCUCUUAAUAGGCGCUUCCAAUUGUCUAGUGGCAGAUCAUUUACAAAGAUGUGGCUAUGAGUAUUCACUUUCUGUAUUCUUUCCGGAAAGUGGUUUGGCAAAAGAAGAAGUGUUUACUAUGCAGGAGCUAUUACAACUCAUUAAAAUCAACCCCCAAUCCAGUCUCUACAAAUCACUGGUUUCACGAUUUGAUAAAGAAAACCAAAAAGGUUUUCUCAUUCAGUUUUUAAACGAGUUGGCAGAAUAUCAUCAGGCUAAAGAGAGUUGUGAUAUGGAAACUCAGACAAGUUCGACAUUUCCUAGCAGAGACUCUCUUGCUGAGAAGCUUCAGCUUAUUGAUGAUCAGUUUGCAGAUGCUUACCCUCAGCAGGCUAAGGUAGAAUCUUUAGAAGGAAAGUUAAAUGAAUAUAAGAGAGAAAUUGAACGGCAGCUUCAGUCAGAAAUGGCUCAGAAGUUGAAGUAUUUUAAAGAUACCGAAAUAGAAAAAAUUAGAAUGGAAGACAAAAGAAAGUCUGAGAAGGAAUUAACUGAGUUCCGGAAUGAAUUUGAGAGAGCUUGCCAAGCAAAAUUGGAAGCCCUUACUUAUCGGGAAAAGAAUGCCCUUGAGAGACUUCAAAAGCAUCAGGAGAUUGAAACAAAAGAAAUUUAUGCCCAACGGCAGAUACUCCUGAAAGAUAUAGAUUUGCUAAGAAGCAGAGAAGCAGAUCUGAAGCAAAGAAUUGAAGCUUUUGAAUUGGCCCAGAGGCUACAAGAAGGAAAAAUUAAAAGCAUGGAUGAUGCACUUAAGAGGCGGGAGCUGAGCAUAAAGAGUCUGGAGGAGACCUUUGACCAAAAGCUCAAGAAUGAACUUCUGAAGUAUCAACUUGAACUAAAGGAAGAAUACAUCACUAGAACUAAUAGACUGAUGGAAGAUGAAAGAAAGAAUAAAGAAAAAGCUAUGCAUUUGCAAGAAGAGUUCUCAGUUGUUAAUUCAAAAAAGGAAGAACUCAGUCGAUAUGUAAAUCGUGUGAAAGAACUUGAGCUUGAGUUAGAGUCUGUCAAAUCCCAAUCUUUGGCAAUAGCAAAACAAAACCACUUGCUGAAUGAAAAAGUUAAAGAGAUGCAUGAUUAUUCACUACUAAAAGAAGAGAAAUUGGAGCUUCAGGCACAAAAUAAAUUACUUAAGCAACAAAUGGAAGAGAGUAGAAGUGAAAACUUGCGUCUCCUAAACUGCAUAAGCCAGCCAUCUCCUGAGCUUGUGGUUUUCCAGAAAGAAUUAAAGAAAGCAGAAAAUGCUAAAGCUCUUGAGCAUAAAGAGUUUGAAACCCACAAACAAGCUUUGGAAAAACAGCUGCAAAGUGAAAUUGAGCAUUCUGCACAGCUGAAGGCCCAGUUAUUAGAUUAUGCUGCUUAUGUAAAGAGGUUGAAUAUGCAGAUUACAGAUGUAAAGCUGCAGCUGAAACAAACACAGACCGCUCUAGAGAAUGAAGUGUACCGCCAUCCCAAGCCGUCUCUGUUUGAUCGUUCCAUCAGCGGGUUGAUAGGAGGCAGGACGGUGCCUCACGAUGGUGAUUUUGGUGGUGAUUUCCUGAAGAAUCCUCUGGCACAGGAGAAGGUCAGGGCUGUCACAGUUAUACCAAGGACCACAAGUUAUCCCCAUCCAGAGACAGGAUGCAGUUCCCCUGAUUCUGACCUUGAGUUUGUAGCAAAUACUAAGGCACGGGUAAAAGAGCUAGAGCAAGAGGCGGAGCACCUGGAAAAUGCUUUCAGAAAUUACUGUCGAAGAGUCCUUCAGAACACAGCUGGGAUCCCACCACCAGUAAAGAGCCCGCCGCCCCUGUAUUUGCUGGGAACCCGAGAAAACAUUGCCUGUAGUUCCCCAGAAAGAUGUAUUUUUGCAGCACAGCCGCAUGUGAGCAUUCUUAAAGAGGAAAAGAGCGAAGUGCCGGAAGUGCUGACAGGCAGCCCAGCUCCCCGGCGAAGGCAAGUCUCUUCUCCAAGGCGCCUUUCCUCCACUCCCCUUCCCAAAGCGAAAAGAAGCCUUGAUUGUGAAAUAUAUCUGGAAGGUCUGGAUGGAUCGCACAUUGCCUCCCCUGAUCCUUGUCCUGACAGGUCGCUCCAGCCUUCACCUGCUGAGUCUAAGCACAGCCUCUCCGUCCCUUCCUCCCCCAGCCACCCAGAGCAGCUGGCAGGUCUUUACCAAAAGCAAACUGAACUUCAAGGAAAAAGUGAAUUUUCAAAUCUGGACAAGCCAGGUUUUGAGGAUAAAGAGGAACUUGAAUCAUCUUUUGAAUAUGCAGGGGACAUGCCAGCGCAGUUUGAAGGAGAUGGGCUGCAUCCUGCUGGCGACAUGCCUCGUGAUGACGUCAUACCUGCUGUGCCCCCUGAACCUGUCCCAUGUCACCACCCAAACAUAGAUCAGAAACCAGUUGGGGAGCAGAGGGAAGAAGAAAAAUUGUGGGAACAGCAUCUGAAAGAACGAAAGCAGAACGAAGAACGGCAGCAGUGUGAACGACAAGAAGCUUUAGAAAGGGAAAGAAGAGAACUAGAAAAACUGGAUCAAGAAAGGAGGAGGAUUGAAGAAUCUUUAAAGGUUGAAAUAGAAAAAGAAUUAGAAAUGAGUAUUCAAGAAAUGAAAGACAAAUCUGCUUGUGGAGAGAAUCCUUUAGAAAAAUACAUGCAGAUCAUUCAGCAGGGAAGAACUCAGGACUCCACAGAGAAGCAGAGCUCAGAAAUGAAAGUCACCAGAGAAAGAUCCCUAUCAGACACACUGCCACCUAGCGACAAAGCAAGUGUCAUGGGCCUUUCUCAGGAAGAACCAGAUGACUCUUGGUGAUGAUGUUUGCUGUCCAGCUUCUUACUCACAUAUAACAAUGAGAAGUUACAAAUGGUUAGACCUAUGCUUUCUCUGUCUUGAGACAAAAUUCUCAAUAAAGAUUUUAUGGGUAAUAAAAAAAGUUAGACUAGUUGAUUCCUCUUCCUCCUGCCUUGUGAGUCAUCCCUCUAUCCCCUUUUUCCUACCUCCCUCCCCUUCUUCCUCCCCGCUUCCCUUCUUCCUUCCUCAAGAAUUACAUUCCUGAUAUGUGCCCUGCUCUGUGGAUACAAGGAGGAGUGAAACAUGGCCUCAGA